UACCAACGCGCCGCCGGACGGUGACGGUUGUAUUUCUCUAGACCCUCAUUGCCGAUUUGCUAGUUUCUCGUUUGUGAAACCUUCGAUGCGAAUUCGAUCCCAUUUUAAUUGAUAUUUGAAAGAUACGUUCGAAUACGCCGAAUAUAACAUUGUAGUACCUUACAAAAUUAUUCGUAAAAACGACUUUGAUAAAAAAUAAUAUAAAACGUAUUGGCAGCAUGCACAUCAAAAUUUAAAUUCGAAUUUACAGUAUGGUCAUUAGUCACUAGAAUCAAUGGCAUUGAACAAAAAGUUAUUACAGAGGGACAUCUUGUUUUGAAUAGGAGCCUAUACUAACUGAGCCAAUACAGACUCGCACAUAAGCAACAUUGAUCUUUCGAUUUAGUCUCUCAGCUAUGAGUUUAAAAAGUGUAUAUACGAGUUCGAUUUAGUCCAACUAUGUUAUGUUUUGUUAGUUAAACUCGAAAUGGAUAAUUUAUUCACAAAAGAUGUUAAAUCGAUUACAGAAACGAACCACCUGUGGCAAUAUCAUGAACAUUUUGGUUUAGGCUGCAAAGAAAAUGAUGAUAUUGACGACGAUUUUGUUUUGAAAUUUUCGACCGAUGAAUCCGAUUGUGACGAUGCUACGCAUAGCAAUGAUAAUUAUACCAACAGUCCUAUAAUAGCUGAUGACGAUUUAGCCAUGAAAUGCAAUGCCAGGUCAUCGAUGCAAAAAAACGUAAGAUUGUCCACUUAUGCCUUACGUGACGAUAAUACAAUUACCAACACCACUCACAGUGCUAAAUGGAGCCAUAUGAAAAGCAAAGUCAUGAAAAAUCAAAGAUCCGUACUAACUUAUUUACGUCAACGCGAUAUCCCUGACGACCAGGUUGCAAAUAAAAUUAAAAAAGAUCCAAAUCCCGAUCUAAGGUCAGAAACUCAAAAAUUAACCCGUCAAUUGCCGAGUGCAAGAGUAAUUUUAGAACGGCUGCCAGACUCACUUAUGGUAAAAAACGGUAAACUCAGUGAUAACGACUGUCAAGGUAUACAGACCAAGCGCUGCUGCGCUGGCUGCGAUCGAACAUGUCUCAAGCGCGGCCGCUGUCUUGUUUGCAAUUCGGUGCUAAAAAACGAAUGUGCCAAAUGUGGCAACCGAUUUUCAUCUUAUAAUAAGCACAGAUAUCACCUAGAAUUGAAGUGCUCCAUCAAUGCCCCCACUGCAACUACUCCAGCUUAAUGAGAAGUUAUUGCCUUAUAGAAAGCAUGUCAAAUCGAAUCAUGGUUUAAAACCAAAGUCGUACUUUUGCCAUUAUUGUGACGACGAAUUCUCUUUUUGUUGGGAGUACGUAAGACACAAACAAGUUUGUAAUCAGACAGAUCCUAAAGUUACAGAUGACAGCAGAAAGCGCAAAUUAAGUUCUUGCUAUUCUUCAGACGUAAAUGCUUGUAAAAAAUCGAGACUCGACGUUGCAUAUCCGGAAACGCUGAAACGCAUAAAAGUCAUCUGUCCUAAAUGCGCGAAGACGAAAGUUAUCCAGGAUAGCAUACUCCAUCGUAUAUGUUGGGAUCGUAGAUGCAGAUCUGCCUUGUGCUACGAGUGCACAGCUUGCGGAAAACAGUACCACUCGCCUGUUGGCAUUAAACGGCAUAUGGAGAGCGACUGUCCGAGUACUGAUCCGCCGCGAAAUAAGAUACAGUGUACCAAAUGCGCUUACGUUUCUUUUAACACGGUAAACAUGUAUUCCCACAUGAGGUACAGUCACCCUCCGGACGAUCAAAGUGCCGAGUUUUCAUGUAAAACCUGUAACAAAAAGUUUAACACCAAAUACAAGAUGAGUUGUCAUCAGUAUUAUUGCAAA